UCGUCUAUCAACUGUCAAUUUUUAUAGGUUAUAAUUUUCGUUUGUUUAUGUCUCAAAAAAAUUUAGUUUUAAAGUUAUUUUCUGAAAAAAGGACGUGUAUUUAACAAAAUCAGUUUGAGUCAGAAAUGUAAUCACCAAAACUACAAUGGAUUAUCACACUGGUUAUAUAGUGACCCUUGCCAACAGUAUUAUCGGCGUAAGCAUUUUGGCAAUGCCGUAUUGUUUCAAGCAAACCGGAAUAUUAUUGUCUCUAAUAAUGCUGUUACUGAGUAAUUUGAUAACACGAUUAACCUGCCAUUUCCUGAUCAAGUCAGCAAUAAUGUCCAGAAGAAAAACCUUUGAGUAUUUAGCAUAUCACAUAUUUGGAAGUUUAGGAAAAUUUGCCAUUGAUGUUGGAAUGAUCGGUUUCCUUAUUGGCACGUGCAUAGCCUUCUUUGUAGUUAUGGGUGAUUUGGGGCCAGAAUUUAUAUCCGAGUUAACUGGUCGAGAUAUGGAUAAUACAAUGAGAACAGUUAUUCUAGUAGCACUAGCAGUUCUUUGUAUUUUACCUUUAGGGCUUCUAAGAAAUGUUGAUAGUUUACAUGGAGUCUCAAAAGCUACAAUCGGAUUCUAUUUUUGUUUUGUGCUGAAGAUUAGUAUUGAAGCAAUGCCACAUAUUUUUACAGGGGACUGGAUAAAUAAGGUAGAAUUUUGGAGACCUGCCGGAAUAAUACAAUGCCUACCAAUUUUUUCUAUGGCUUUAUCAUGCCAGAGUCAGCUGUUUGAAAUCUAUCAAGCUGUUCAUAAUCCUACACUCGAUCAAAUGAACCAUGUUGUUAAAAACGCCAUUAAUAUUUGUACAGCGGUUUAUUUUUGUGUAGGUUUGUUUGGAUACAUUGCUUUUGCCCAUAAGAGUUUUACUGGAAAUAUCCUUAUGAGUUUUGAACCAUCUACAUUGACAAACGUUCUAAAGCUUGGUUUUGUUUUAUCUGUUGCAUUUAGCUUUCCUUUGGUAGUUUUUCCUUGUCGAGCUAGUGUACAUUCGUUGAUAUAUAGAGACGUACAUUCCUUGCAUGAGAGUACAAGUAAUUACAUUCCUGAAGGCAGAUUUAAGGGCAUUACAAUAGCUAUAAUUUGUAUCUCAUUACUCGUGGGUAUAAUGAUACCAAAUAUUGAACUAGUACUUGGACUUAUUGGGUCUACUAUUGGUAUUGCUGUUUGUGUACUUUUUCCAGUUUUGUGUUUUAUUUACAUUUCUACCAAAAAUACUAAUGAAAGGCUGUUGGCUAAGUUUAUUUUUGCUAUUGGUUUUAUACUCAUGAUCUUGGGAACAUUUGAGAAUUUCAAUAGGUUAGAUAAAAUUGAGUCGUUUUCUACAACAGUAAAUCCCAUAACUGAAAAGAAAGACGUGCUUAAAAUUAUUGAAAAUCCAAUAAGCAAUUUGAAAAAGGAUGAUAUGGACUUAAUAAAUAAACCCUUGAAGUCUGCUGAAGGUGCUGUCAAUGAAAAAAUUAAUCAAUCCAAAAUUGAAACCAUUAAAAUAAUAACUGAGAGAAGUUUGGAUAUAAGGCAUGAACCUCCUGAACCAAUUGAACCGCAAGAACCUGAGAAGGUUGCAGAACAAGAGGAAAUUAAACCAAUACCGGAGGUGGUGAAAGUUGAAGAAAUAAUUAAGCUUGGUCCUGUUGAAAUUGAAAGUAAUAUAAAGAAUCAGUCUAAAAACGAUGAAGUUGAUAUUGAAGCAAUCAAAAAGGAUGAAACUGAAAUGAAAUUACAAGUUGAAGAACAGAAACAGGAAGAUUCUCAUUUAGAAGAACACAAAAUUAUAUUAGAUACUAUUCAAAAACAGAACGAAGUACAGGAAGAAAUUGUGAAGCAACAGAAGAAAUUGAUUGAAGUAAUUCAAGAGCAGAACCAGCAAAAGGUAAAUGAAGAAAAAAUGAAAGCGGUAAAAGAAAUAGAGAGUAUAGCGUUAAAAGCUAUAGAAAAAAUCAGUAGCGAUGUAAAAGAAAAUGAAAAAAUCGUUGCCAAAUUAGAAAAGGAUGUAAAAGAAAAAGUAAAUUCUGAAGAAAGACCACCGGAGAAUAAAGAAAUAAAUGUCAACGCGCUUAAAAUUGAAAACAUACUUUUAAAAAAUCAAGUAAAAGUCAACUCCGAAUCAAUAAAUUCAUCGAAAGCAAAAAAUAUUCUGCCGCACAAAAUUGAAGAAAUUCCAAAACCUGUGAAGAAUGUGGAACAGAAAAUUAAUACAACAAAUGCUAAUAACAAUACUGCACCUUUGUUUAUAAAUUUAGGCCAAAAUUCAAAAGGCGAUGAAGAUAAACCAUCUAUAAACAACAUUCCUUUACCAAUAAUAAAUUCAGUGAAAUUAUCAACAAAAACUUUGAACAAAACGAAUGAUAAAACAGAUAAUAAGAUAAAAAAAGACAUUUUAUUGGAUGAUGACACCAAUGUGAUGAGAAGAGAUAUUUUAGCUUAUAUAAGUACAAAAAGAAAAAGAUAAUAAAAAAUAGUAUAAAUUUCAAUUUUUGUUCCUCUGUAUAUUAUAUUUAUUGUUAACAACUUAACGAAGUGUAUAUUUGUACAUAUUUUUUUUUGUAUGCGUUACUUGUUACUAUCUGAGAAACUGUAAAUAAA